CAUCCGCCCAUUCCUCUGGUCGAAAGCUUUCCACGGUUCCGAUUCUCCGAAUGGAUAAUGUAACCGUUUAGCUCUCUCUUCCCCUUCUCUCUUUACACUUCCAUAACUCUCACGGCCAUGAGCUUGGCUUCGAUUUCCUCGUCGCCGCCGGUGGCUUCGCCGUACUUCCGCUGCCGAGCUUACAUCUUCUCCUUCGCGUCUUCACCUCUAUGUUUAUAUUUCCCGCGCGGUGACUCAACUUCCCUCAAGCCACGAGUUCGCGCCUUGCGAACGGAAUCUGACGGCGCUAGGAUUGGUAACACGGAGUCAUACGGCUCGGAAUUGCUUCGUCGGCCGCGUAUUGCGUCGGAGGAAAGCUCUGAAGAGGAGGAGGAAGAGGAAGAGACUGGUGAAGGUGAUGAGUUCGUUGAUUGGGAAGAUAAAAUCCUUGAGGUUACUGUUCCUCUUGUUGGCUUCGUCAGGAUGAUUCUUCACUCUGGAAAAUAUGCAAACCGAGAUAGGCUAAGCCCAGAGCAUGAGAGAACGAUUGUUGAGAUGCUGCUUCCUUAUCAUCCUGAGUUUGAGAAGAAGAUUGGAUGUGGUAUAGACUAUAUCAUGGUUGGGCAUCACCCAGAUUUUGAGAGCUCUCGAUGUAUGUUUAUAGUUCGAAAAGAUGGAGAAGUAGUUGACUUUUCGUAUUGGAAAUGCAUAAAAGGUCUAAUAAAAAAGAAGUAUCCUCUGUACGCAGACAGUUUCAUCCUCAGACAUUUUCGCAAACGUAGGCAGAACAGAUGAAUGAAGCUUAUGUAGAUUCUCAAACUCAAACGCUCGUAGACUCGGAUCCUCGUCUCCCAACUACAUCCUAAAAGGUUUUGGAGUGAGAACUCAAAGACAGAAGAUUCAGUCACUAUUUUUCUUUGAGUUGGAAUUACGAAUGGAACUUUCUAGAAAAUAUGGUUUCCGCAGGAGAUAUGAAGAAUUAGAACCAUCAGAAAUAUUAAUAUGUUCAUUAUCUUUAAUCUUUAGCGUUUAUAUGUUGAAUCUGUUACAUUGAACUUAUGUGCAGAGGUAGAGAAAACCAGUACACACUUGUGUGCAGGGCUUGGAUUCAGAUGCAGUUUUCUUCUGAAAGUGUUUUUGGUUUUGCUUUCACAUUUACUUAUUA